GUUUUUCCCGUCUCGCUUCUUUUCUCUCAGACCUUCUUGCUUGUGUGAGAGCAGGGGUGGGAGCCAUGGAGCAAAGAGGCUGGUCUCUGCAGUAUACGGCUUUCGCCCUCUUUUGCGCUUGGUGUGCACUGAACAGUGUAAAAGCCAAGAGGCAGUUUGUCAAUGAAUGGGCGGCGGAGAUCCCCGGAGGGCCGGAGGCAGCCUCUGCCAUCGCCAAGGAGCUGGGCUAUGACCUCUUGGGUCAGAUUGGAUCACUUGAAAAUCACUACUUAUUCAAACACAAAAAUCAUCCUCGAAGAUCUCGAAGAAGUGCUCUUCAUAUCACUAAAAGGUUGUCUGAUGACGAUCGUGUGAUAUGGGCUGAACAACAAUAUCAAAAAGAGAGAAGCAAACGUUCAAUCCAAAAAGACUCAGCAUUGAAUCUCUUCAAUGACCCAAUGUGGAAUCAGCAGUGGUACUUGCAAGACACCAGGAUGACUGCAGCUCUGCCCAAGCUGGAUCUUCACGUGAUACCAGUUUGGCAAAAGGGCAUCACAGGCAAAGGAGUUGUUAUUACUGUACUGGAUGAUGGCUUGGAGUGGAAUCACACAGACAUAUAUGCCAAUUAUGAUCCAGAGGCUAGCUAUGAUUUUAAUGAUAAUGAUCACGAUCCAUUUCCCCGAUAUGAUCCCACAAAUGAAAACAAACAUGGAACUAGAUGUGCAGGAGAAAUUGCCAUGCAAGCAAAUAAUCACAAGUGUGGGGUUGGAGUUGCAUACAAUUCCAAAGUUGGAGGCAUAAGAAUGCUGGAUGGCAUUGUAACUGAUGCAAUUGAGGCCAGUUCAAUUGGCUUCAACCCUGGCCAUGUGGAUAUUUACAGUGCAAGCUGGGGCCCUAAUGAUGAUGGGAAAACGGUGGAGGGGCCUGGAAGACUGGCCCAGAAGGCAUUUGAAUAUGGUGUCAAACAGGGGAGACAAGGGAAGGGCUCCAUCUUUGUUUGGGCUUCCGGGAACGGGGGUCGUCAGGGAGAUAAUUGUGACUGUGAUGGCUACACAGACAGCAUUUACACCAUCUCUAUCAGCAGUGCCUCCCAGCAAGGCCUGUCACCCUGGUAUGCAGAGAAGUGCUCCUCCACGCUGGCCACUUCCUACAGCAGCGGGGAUUACACAGACCAACGAAUAACAAGUGCCGACCUGCACAAUGACUGCACAGAGACCCACACAGGCACCUCAGCCUCUGCACCUCUGGCAGCUGGCAUCUUCGCUCUGGCCUUGGAAGCAAACCCAAAUCUCACUUGGCGGGAUAUGCAGCAUCUGGUUGUCUGGACCUCUGAGUAUGAUCCAUUGGCUAAUAACCCAGGCUGGAAAAAGAAUGGUGCAGGCUUAAUGGUGAACAGUCGAUUUGGAUUUGGUUUGCUAAAUGCCAAAGCUCUGGUGGAUCUGGCCGAUCCUAGGACCUGGAGAAGUGUGCCUGAGAAGAAAGAAUGUGUUGUAAAAGACAAUAACUUUGAGCCUAGAGCCCUGAAAGCUAAUGGGGAAGUGACUGUUGAAAUCCCAACAAGAGCUUGUGAAGGACAAGAAAAUGCUAUCAAGUUCCUGGAACAUGUGCAAUUUGAAGCAACAAUCGAAUAUUCUCGUAGAGGAGACCUUCAUGUCACACUCACUUCUGCUGCUGGAACCAGCACCGUACUGUUGGCUGAAAGGGAGCGGGAUACAUCCCCCAAUGGCUUUAAGAAUUGGGACUUCAUGUCUGUUCACACAUGGGGAGAGAAUCCUGUAGGCACCUGGACAUUGAAGAUUACAGACAUGUCUGGAAGAAUGCAAAAUGAAGGCAGAAUUGUGAACUGGAAGCUGAUUUUGCAUGGGACAUCUUCUCAGCCGGAGCACAUGAAGCAGCCCCGUGUAUACACGUCCUACAACACUGUCCAGAAUGACAGGAGAGGAGUGGAGAAGAUGGUGAAUGUUGUGGAGGAGCAGCCCACACAAGAGAGCCUGAAUGAAAAUCUUCUGGUGCCCCAAAGCUCCAGCAGCAGCAGUGUGGAGGGCAGAAGGGACAAGCUGGCACAAGGGGCUCCUUCAGAGGCUGUGCUACGGCUCCUACAAAGUGCUUUUAGCAAAAACCCACCUUCAAAGCAAUCACCAAAGAAGUCUCCAGGUGCAAAUCUCAGCAUCCCCUAUGAGAGUUUCUAUGAAGCCCUGGAAAAGCUAAACAAACCCUCCAAGCUCGAAGACUCCGAGGACAGUCUUUACAGUGACUACGUUGAUGUUUUCUAUAAUACAAAACCUUAUAAGCAUAGAGAUGACCGGCUGCUGCAAGCUCUUGUGGACAUUCUAAAUGAGGAAAAGUAAUAAGCAUGUGGCCCCAAGUUGGAAAUAUCCACGCAUCCUCUUUCCCCUUAGACAUUCCUGGGUGUAGCAUUGUGUCACUGAUUCCUAUGCUUAUAAUGUUCUUUGUGGUACUUUUGCUUUUUCUCCUCAAACUGUACCUUGGGGUGAGUUCCAAAAAGAAAGCCAACUUUCUGAAUGGGCCUCAGUAUUUAAGAAUGUCUUCCCUAUCAUAUGAGUAAAGCAGGUCUUUGUAAAGUCACUGUUGACAUGCAGCCCUUUAUCCAAUGGAAUGGCUGCUUGAGCCCC